CCCCCCACCUCUCUCCUUCAACUUCGAUGGCUUGAGUGGCCCAUUUGCACUCAUGCUCGCAGCCGAGGAGGGAUGUAAGGUACGGGCCAUCCACCGCCCUCACAUUGCGCGGACCACCGGCGUGAUCCAGGUCGCCGUUUGAGUACCAGAGAAAGAAAGAAAGAAGGAAAGAAGGAAAGAAGGAAAGAAGGAAAGAAGGAAAGAAAGAAAGAAAGAAAGAAAGAGAGAAAGAAAGAAAGAAAGAACAAAAGAAAGAAAGAAAGAAAGAAAGCAAAAAGAGAAGAACUACUUUCGACAUGUGAAUGAUCGAACAUUUGCUUCACUCACUCCACCGGCUCGCCUGUCCUAUGCUACCGACAACGGGAUUUCAAGAGGAAAAUGACUGUGGCAUUAUAAACUACUUCUGGGGACGCCUGUCACAGAUCUCUGCGCUGAAGUGGACAGGGUGGAUGGUUAUUUCCCACACACUUCCAGCCUAUGUGUGCUGCAUUCAUCUGUUGGAAACGCUGCCGAGUAUCUUCGACUACAGAGGAAUGCUGGUCCAAGAUCUAAUGCCAUUCACUUUAAGUUGUUGGCCUUUAUUCUUCGGUCACUGCCUCCUCUCACUGUUUUUACUCUCAUGCCAGGGAGAACUCCAGAGGUCAUGCUCACGGACUGUGGCGGAGAAAGUUAGUGAACAGUGCCAGCUGGCAUGCCACUGUAGAAGAUACCCUCCCCUGCCUCCACCGCCGCCUCCCCCGCCUCCCCCGCGGCUACUGGUCACCUCAGUGCCGGAGCCCAUGGUGCCCUUGUUGAGGCCCUGGUGGAUGGAGAUGGACAUUGCAGUGCUUGGAACGGUGGGCUGUGCCUCAUUGGUGUUCCUGCUCUCAGCCAUCAUCAUCUGCUACAAGGCCAUCAAGAGGAAACCACUACGGAAAGAGGAGAACGGGACGAGUCGCGGGGAAUACGCCAUGAGCAUCCGCAAGAAGAAGGCCAUGGGUACCAACAACACUGUGGUAUAGACUGGUGUGGACGCAGGAAGUGACAUCACCGUGUACGUCUCUCACCUCAUCCCCCCCCCCGAAUACAGCGAUCCCUUCUCACCCAGAAUGCAACAGGGGUUUUAUUUCCAACCCGAGGUAUUGAAAUACCGUCCCUAUUUGCUUGGCAUGUCGCCCGGACUAAAGACACCAUUCAGCUCAGGAGGAGCUGCAGAAGACGGAAGGAGGAGGAAAAAAAGUGAAGGCAGAAAGGACGGAGAGAAAGGUCCACAAGCCCCCAUGGUGUCCAAAGUGGCACAGCAGGCUGGACAUUAUGCUCUUAGUAGCAGCAAGUGUUGUUGACAGGCUGGUUGGCGGCUGGCUGGAGAGGGACUGUCUGCCAGUCUGCCGCAGAUCCAGACCUCACACACUUUUGACAUCUGC